AGUCACAAUGUGGGAUGCAAUUAUUGUGUAAUGGAAGGAGGCUACAUCCAAUCACAAAAGAGAACUGUACUCACUGUCAUUGUUACGUCCAAUACGGGUUCUAUGGUAGGCGUGAGAGAUUAGAACCAAAUUGAAACCAUUUCUAAAACAAGGUUAGAAAUGGCAUUGGAAUAAGAAACAACCGAGAUUGAGUAGCAACGAGCAGGUGUUGAAAAGUAACUGUUUGGGGAAUAUUUAAUUCUAAUUUACAGACACUUUUUUUUUUUAGUACAGAAGAAUCAAAGUGUAUUUUUUUUGCGUUCGAUUCUGUCGAUUAAAAAAAAUAUUGUUAUUUAAUUGAAUCAUUCUGGCGUUGAAUUUUUACAAAAUAAGAUGGCAAUAUUGGAAGAAGAUACAUCUUUCAUAUCCCUCGUAAAUAUACUGUUUAAUAACUAACUCAGAAGUAGUGUGAGUCAAAAUGUCAGCUGACAUUAGUUUGUUUGAUUUGGUGAACCUGUCGAUCGGGACACCUGAAGUUGGAGCUGUCAACUUCAAUGCGUUGCAUACCCUCCUCCACGCUAUCCUGGGACAUCUGAAAAUCCAAAAUGUGACCACCGGCUGGAGAGAGCAGGAUGCCCCACCACAGGAGCCCCAUGGCCCGCAUCUGACCAAGUCCUCUAGCCCGUACCAUCACAUGGAAGAGAAACUUCGGCAGAUCGAGAGACAGAUGGCCGCGCUGGAGAAGCUUCCUAGCGGUACCGAUCUUCUGAGCCGCACUGCCUCAACCACAACACCGGUCAACGACUUGUGGCAGCUGAUGCAGCUCCGCCGCAAGGCUCAGGCGAGUGAGGACGGCGUGUCCAAGUCUAUGUCGCUGAUCCAGGAUCUACUGAAGGAGAUCCAGGACCUGAAGGAGUCCAGAGACGACCUGAAGAAAGAGGUCAAGAGCCUCCAGAACCAACUCAACCAGCUGAAUAUGAGUGAGCUGGUUGACAGAAUCAACGAAGUGGAACAGUACUGCCACCGACUGGACAACCUGGACUCUGCCACCAAAGAGCUGCAGGACAGAGUUGGGCGUUACCCAGACCCAGACGAGCUCAUCCAGUGUGUGACCUGGGACAUCAUGCAGACCACCUUGGUUAGCGAGCAACAGAAUCUGCAAAAGGAAAUCAAGCACUCAGUCCCUGUCCCCACAUCAGUUGUCAUGACCACCAUGACUCCUUUCAGCGUCUCUGCCAAUGCCAAUACUGGAGCUGCUGCCUUCGCUCCUGGCACUGUAACUGUCAGCCAGCAUGGGGGGGCGCUGCCCCAGCAGUCCCUCUCUGAUGCAGCUGCUGCCUUCACUCCUGGCACUGUCACUGCCAGCCAGCAUGGGGGGGCGCUGCCCCAGCAGUCCCUCUCUGAUGCAGCUGUUGCCUUCACUCCUGGCACUGGCACUGUCACUGCCAGCCAGUAUGGGGGGGCGCUGCCCCAGCAGUCCCUCUCUGAUGCAGCUGUUGCCUUCACUCCUGGCACUGGCACUGUCACUGCCAGCCAGCAUGGGGGGGCGCUGCCCCAGCAGUCCCUUUCUGAUGGAGCUGCUGCCUUCACUCCUGGCACUGUCACUGCCAGCCAGUAUGGGGGGGCGCUGCCCCAGCAGUCCCUCUCUGAUGGAGCUGCUGCCUUCACUCCUGGCACUGUCACUGCCAGCCAGCAUGGGGGGGCGCUGCCCCAGCAGUCCCUCUCUGAUGGAGCUCUGAUGGUGGGCAGCAAACCCCUGUCUCGUGUGGCCAGCGGGGCAGAGCGUUACCCAGAGACAGUGGAGGCCCUGAGGGACGUGGGCAGGCUCAGGGAGAGACACAACACCCUGGAGACCAGAGUAGAGCUGCUGGAAGCAGGCAAGGCUGACCAGGCCCAGCUCCAGCACCUCCGGGAGCUCCUCCCUGACAUGGGGGACAGGGAUGUGCCUGACAAUCUGUUGGAUCAACUGACUCAUCUGAGAGUUCUGGUCGACAGCCUGAUGGGUGACAGAGCCAAGCUGGGAGAACUGGAGCAGCUGAUUCUGAACAUAGGAACAGUUCAGGGCUCAGAGGGAGGCUCAGAAACAGCCAAAGGGUCAGACAGUGAGGACUCCUCUGACUCUCCUAAACAAGGACAGCUCAGACUGCAGAUAUUAUACCUCAGGAACGCAGUGCAGAAAGUGGAGGAAGAGGUGCUACUGCUGAAGACUGAGAACACAUCAGCCAAGGCUGAGCAGAAGACCAAGAAAGACAGACAGCUACAGGAUCAGAUGGACAACCUGCGAGGCAUGCUGGAGGACAUGAUGGCGUCCUCCUCCUCGCUGCUCUCCCAGAGCUUCCAGCAGGAGCCCCAGGGGUCAGAGCAGGGCCAGGGCAGCGGUCAGGCAGGCGGGCAGCAAGGCUCCACGUGCCCCUCCUGCUCUGUAGAUGUGAGCAGGAAGGUCAGCCAGCUGUUCCAGCGCUAUGAGAAUCUGCAGGGCCUCGUUAGCAGAUUCAUGAAUCAGCAGGGAGGAGGCAGACCUGGAGCGGAGAGCUCGGAGCUGAUGAAUGACGUUCAGGGAGCCAUCAUGCAGCUGCAGGCUGAGUGUGAGAAGCUCCACGGCACAGCCAACCACCUGAUUAAGGAGCACGGCCAGAAACAGGUCCACAUCGACCAUUUGUACAAGUCCAUGGAAGAACUGGACGAGAAGAAAGCUGACAAAGAGCUUGUGGAGAUGGAGAUUGAAAUCAAAGCAGACAAGCGUGCCCUGGAGACCAAGGUGAGCCGCAUGCAGUUUGACUCCAUGACAGAGGAGCUCAACACCAUGUUCCAGGAGCUGCUCAGCAAGAUCACUGGCCAGGAGCAGGACUGGCACAAAAUCAUCGACAAAAUUUCCACCGAGAUGGAGUGCAAGCUGGACCGGAUUGAGCUGGAUCCUGUGAAGAAGCAGCUGGAGGACCGCUGGAAGAGCAUCCGUAAGCAGCUGCAGGCCCAGCCUGCCCCGAAGGAGGACGACGCUGCAGGGAUCAGGAAACAACUUGUGGCAAGGUUCCACUGCAUCUCCUGCGACCGCCCAGUCGAUAUGCUUACCCCAGGACCGCACUUGGUCACCCUGCCCUCCACUCCUGGCCUACCCUCCCACAAGUCCAACCGACCGUACACCAUCUAUGAGCUUGAGCAGGUUCGCCAGCAUUGCAGAAGCGAGCGCAUUCCUGAGAUGGCGGACUACAGUUACCUGGCCAUGUCCCGGAGCUGUGGAGGCAGCCACACCGUGACCUACCCCAACCGCCGCUACACCCGCCUGCAGCAAUUCAGCCACUUCAUCCAGGCUGAGGAGGAGACACCACCCAUCUCCAGCUCCCCACUGCGCAUUCAGCCGGAGGAAGUGGACAUCCUGGGAUUGGACGGACAUAUUUACAAGGGCCGCCUGAAAACCAGAUCGGUCAAGACUGUGGAUGCCAGACUACCCACCAUCUUUCCUAAAGACGCAGGCAUGUGCAAGAGCAAAGACAAGAUCAUGCGCUCCCAGUUCCAGAAGCCUGGCUGCACAGAGCCGGGCUGUGUGACCCCUGUGCGACCCCAGAGUGCCAAAACCCAGCGCAGCCGCUCAGUCUCAGGCAGCUCUGUGCGGGACCGGCCCAUGUCUUCUUUAGGCUGCCUGUCCCAGGCUACCCUUCCCCAGAGCUCGUCCCAUGCUGACACCACCAGCGAGCUGCUGCAGCAAGAUCUGGAGCUUCACGUGGACCUGAGCCAGUCGGAGGUAGAGCCCGUCAUCAUCCUGUAGGGGGCGAUGGAGAGCCCCACACAUCUUAUUUUAAUAAACCGUUUACAGCAGCAGCAGCAGGAGGGUAUCCUGGUCUCCAUUUUGUAACGGAGCAUACAGUCGUUGUGAAAAUCAAGUCUGAUAUUAGUCAGUUAGGUUAUUUAUGGAUGGUAAUGGAAGAACACAAUUCUAGGACCUAUAAACACUUUCAAUGCAACAAAUAGCCGAGUCACAUUUCCAAGGUGUAGCUUCACAGGUCAAAUACCUUACGUGUGGCUACAUUACGAUUUUGGUUUAUGAUGCCUGAUUUUCAAUGACCUUCAUAGAGAAGCUUUCAGGCAGGUGGCCUCAAAUACCAGACUGUUUGGAUGCAGAACAAUACCACCAUGGAGCAAUUCAUUUGACAUAUAGGGUCUUAUAGAGCAGUAUCAUUAAGGGCUUGAAAUGUCUUCCCUCUCACAGACCCAGUUUCUGUAACGUCUGAUUCAUUGUAUUAGUGUCUCAAGUUGUUCCAUCACAUGUUAAGAGGAAAGACACUCAUGUCAUUACCACAAAAAUGUACCCCUGUCGUGGACUCAUAACAAUGGUAGCCAGCCACCUGCAUCUAUUGGGGAAGCAAAGCAGCCAGGGUUGUAAAAUCGGCCCAGAUGGCAUUCCCUUCGAAUGUCACCGUGCCUGUGUCCAGUUACAGCAGUCUCCUGGUGUCUGUGUGUUUUAAACAAGGGGGUUUGCUAUGUGUGCCUCACUCUGGCAUAGUGUAUCAUUUUUAACUAUGGCACAGCAUUGGGUAUCAUAGCAUACUUUUAGCGUAGCGCCAUGUCAGCACUCAACUGCAGUUGUCCGUGGGCCGGGGCGUGGCACGGGGAGGGGGGGGGGACACAGUUCAAAAAGCCUGUGUGAAUGUAGGACAGGAUAUGAAUUAAUAAACUUGAAAGGACAAACUGUACUGUCAUUGAGGAACGGGGUGACUGUUUCCUAGAAGCAUGGGCUUUGCUUACACACAUUUUGUGUCAAUGUGAAAUAUGAUGUAUAUUUAUCUAGCCAUGCCUUACACACCAAGUGGCCAGUUUAUUAGGUACACCCAUCUAGUACCGGGUUGGACCACCCUUUGCCUCUAGAACAGCCUGAAUUCUUCAGGGCAUGGAGACAUUGCUCAAUUGGUAUCAAGGGAUCGAACUUUGCCAGGAACACAUUUCCCACACCAUCACACCACUGCCACCAGCAUGUACCGUUGACGCCAGGCAGGAUGGGGCCAUGGACUCAUGUGGUUACGCCAAAUCCUGACUCUGUCAUCAGCUUGAUGCAACAGGAACCGGGAUUCGUCGAACCAGGCAAUGUUUUUCCACUCAUCAAUAGUCCAGUGUUGGUGAUCGCGUGAUAACUGGAACUGCUUGUUUUAAGCUGAUAGGAGUAGCACCUGGUGUGGUCGGCUGAUGCAAUAGCCCAUCCGUGACAAGGAUCAAUGAGUUGUGCAUUCAGUCACUUAGGUCACUUGUUUUUCCCAUUCUAAUGUUCAUUCGGACAGUAACUGCAUUCCUGGAUGCCUGUCUACCUGCUUUAUAUAGCAAGACACGGCCUCCUGAGAACGAGGUGGUGAACGAGGUGGUGUACCUAAUAAACUGAGUAUAAGUGAUCCCUUUCAUAGCAUUUGGACGUAUUCAGGAGUAAUGAUGCUACUGAAAGGUAUUUCAGGAGAGUAUUUAAGACAGGCAGUUAAUCUGAAUGUAAGAUUUCCAUUGGUAGAUGUAUCCUUGUUUUCAAAGAUAAAUGGGCCUUCAUGGAAUAUGUGAUGUAUGUGUCAUAUGAUGUCCAUAUAACUGUUAUGUGAACAUAUGUUGACUCAUUGACUGUCUGCAAUGAAUUUUACUUGUGGUACGUACAUAUAUCUGUACUGUUCUACACAA